CGUGUCCCGGGCUAACGGGCUGGGUGGUUGUUUGUCGCAGCAGUGUAUUUGUGUGCAUUUAGGACUACAGCUGCUGCUGGGACGGACAUAUAGUAGCCUGUGUCAUUAUCACCAUCUCCUUAUCGUGUAUUUGAGCAAGGAGGAAAUGAGGCGUAGCGUUCCGCUUUAAGGGUGCAAGGGAGACGUAAGAAACCCCGAAUUCAAACAGGUGUCCGGUCGACUCCCAUCAGGAGGAAGAGAGAGGAAGGUGACAAAAGGCGCCGGAGGGAUAUUGGGAUUAAUUGUCGAGAAAUAGUGCUGUUAAUAGGCAAAUCAAUCCGCUAAUUUGAGGACGUGUCAUUUCUUUUUUUUAAACCCUGCGCUUUGGUCCAACGGUGAUGGAGACCCGACAUGGAACCCAGAAGAAACCUAGAUUUUAAUGUCGGAAUUAUCUUGGUAAAAUAAAAAGAUAGCUAAGCGUGCAUCUGCGUUGCUCUCAAGAGGAGGAAGAGGAGGUGGUUGAAGAGGGGAGGCGGUGACUGACGUCCCCCACGGGACAGGCCGAGCGACCCACGCUUCUAACAGGUGUGUCUGAAGAGGGCUCCACUCUGCACCGCCCGUCCUGCCGCUCCGUGCCCCCUCCCUGCCUGCCUCCCGGUCCCUUCUCGUGUCAUAUUGUUCCUGCAGAAAUUGCAUCCGAACAGGGGCCGGGUUUGGACUUUAAUUCGGCCGUUUUUGGCAUCCCCAGUGAGCGCUUAUUCUUUUUCUUGUUUCCGUCUCUUCGCAGCUAUCCGUUGGUGCGUAUAACAACUGAGCAGGAUAUCCAAACGGCUAAUUUUGAGACGUUAAUUUAUAAAAAAAACGGAUGGGACUUUGCAGCGUGUUCGUAUUUUUUGAGGAAAAGAGACAAUUUAAAGGGUUUAACUAGUCGAGCUAAAGGGAAGAUUUGAAGAUUUUGUUGAAUUUGUUUCACCAUAAUUGGAAGGUUUGUACUGAUUUUGCCCCCUGGUGAAAAGGCACCGUUGGUACUGUGGUUUCGGCGACGUUCGCUAGCCAAACCGAACCCUGAGAUAUUUUUACCGGAAAAACAAAGUGGGCCUUUUAUCGGACUAUUUUGUUAAAACAAAGUGCACCUCGUUUUAUCAUGACAACGAGGAAAGCCAACAGUGUGGCGGACACGGUGACUACCUCCACCAGCAGCAGCAGCAGCACCACCACCACCAACCACCAGAACCAGCCGAGGAGCCGGAGUCCCAGCAGCGGGGUUCCCGGUGCCGAGGCUGCGGGCGGAGGGGCGGAGAUGUUCGGUGCAUUUCAGGACUGGUGCCUGCGGACGUACGGUGACACCGGCAAGACCAAGACCGUGACCCGGCGUAAAUACAACAAAAUCCUCCAGACUCUGGUCCAGGGGGACGAGGAGAACAGCAAUGGGGUGUUCCUGCACGAGAAAGGCAACAACCACAUCAACGCCAAAUUUAAAUUCUGGGUCAAGUCCAAGGGCUUCCAGGUCGGGACGCUGCGGGACGAGAAGAACGGGUCAUCGGACAGACCGGUGCUGUACGUGCCCAUCAAGGCGACGUGUGUGGACGGAGUGUCCGGGGUGGACUCGUCCCUGAAGCGUGUGGCGGUGGUGGAAGAUUUCUUCGACAUCAUCUAUGCCAUGCACGUGGAGAUGAGCACGGACCCCGGCAAAGCCCCGAAACAUGCCGGCCAGAAGAAGACCUACAAAGCUAUAGCCGAGACGUACGCCUUCCUGCCCAGAGAGGCGGUGACUCACUUCCUGAUGAGCUGUGGAGAGUGUCAGAAGAGGAUGCACAUCAGCACCGCAGGACAGGACUACAAAGAGAACGACAGGCCAAGCUCUCUGGUGUUGGAGGUGAUAGACUACAACAUGCCUCUCACCACCACCUACAUGAAACACAUGAAGCUGCAGUGCAUGAGCAACAACAAGGAUGACAGUUCACUGAGCAGCGAGGAGGAGGCAGAGAUGAGCGAGCCCACAUGGUUAGCAGCUGAUCUGGGAGCAGCGUCUGACCUGAGCCCGGCCAGCCGAGGGGAGAGGAUGCGCCACAGUCCGCAGAACACACACAGCAAGGAGGACGACGAGGAUUCCUCGUCAGAGAGCGGCAGUGGGAGCGGGCUGCCGGCUCUGACCCCCCCCUCCUCCGCCGCUACGGACGCUGCUAUAGUCAGGGAGACCGGGAUCGUCAAUGGCAACGGCGGCCCCGCCCCGCUGGACUUCAGCACGCCUACGUCCUCCUCCUCAUCGUCUGAGGACCAGCAGCCCAUGAACCUGAGCGACCCCCCCCCUCAGCGCCUGUCCUCCUCUCACUUGCCCGUCACCGUGUCGGCGGCGGCGGCGGCGCUGCUCGGCGCUCUGCACCCCGAGGAGCUCCGCAGGAAGUACCCGCUGGCUCCCAAACCCUCGCUGACCCCACACCCUGCCCUGCCUCUGCCACACACACACACACCUCACACACAUAAUGCACACACUCCCAACACACACUCGCAGUCCCACUCACACACUGCCGAGCUGCGACUGGAACGAGACGGCAGGGAUUACGGGGGCAAGUCCCCUCAGUACAGUUCUGGCGGCAGCUACGACAGUGUGAAGAUGGAGUUGGGAGCCGAGGAUCUGACCACAGGACGCCAGGUCGGCCCUGACGACGACGAUGACGACCAUGACGACCAUGACGACAACGACAAAAUCAACGAAGCAGAGGGAGUCGAUCCCGAGCGACUAAAAGCCUUCAAUAUGUUUGUGCGUCUGUUUGUGGACGAGAACUUAGAUCGAAUGGUUCCCAUCUCCAAACAGCCCAAGGAGAAGAUCCAGGCCAUCAUCGAGUCGUGCAGCAGACAGUUCCCAGAGUUCCAGGAGCGCGCCCGCAAGCGCAUCCGCACCUACCUCAAAUCCUGCCGACGCAUGAAGAAGAGCGGCAUGGAGACCCGCCCCACUCCGCCUCACCUCACCUCGGCCAUGGCUGAGAACAUCCUGGCUGCCGCCUGCGAAAGUGAAACACGCAACGCCGCCAAGAGGAUGCGCCUCGACACCUAUCACGACGACCCCGUCUCCCUGGACAAGGCGUCCGGUGGGGGGGGGGGUCUGCGGGAGCCGGCGUCCCUCGCUCACUCGGCCUACUCCCUGGCCGCCUCCGCCUUCUCCUCCCAGGACUCCCAGCUCUACAUCAACGGGGCCGGCCUCAGCUACGGUUACCGUGGAUACCCGGGCCUGGGCGCUGCCAUGCAACACCCCGUUUCCCAGACGACCGGAGCUGCUAGUCAGAGCAACGGUCCCACAGACCUCAGCAUGAAGUCUCUGUCCUCCGCCAACAUCAGUAACUCCUCCUCUGCCUCCACCAACAACAGCCUGGGUGGGCGGGGCAGCGGGGGUGGAGGAGGGGGCGGGGCUUCGACCCAGCUCAGCCAACCAGAGAUCACCGCCGUGCGUCAGCUGAUCGCCGGCUACCGGGAGUCGGCCGCCUUCCUGCUCCGCUCGGCCGACGAGCUGGAGAACCUCAUCCUGCAGCAGAACUGAUUUGUGGAAAACGUGGGAGAACACACACAAACACACACACACACACACACACACACACACACAUCUCCCUUCAUGUUUGUGAAUGUCUGCGUCUCCCGCCUCUCCUAAUCAACCAGACCUCCUCCUGUUUUACUCCUCCCUCCUUAAAUCUGCCUUCUCUUCGGACACUGUGGCCACUUUGCAUUUGUUGGAGGAAAAAGUGGGAGACGGGGAGGGAGACAAAUCCCACCAAACGAGCCCCCACAUCCUCAACCCAUCUUAUCUGCCCGGGGAGGGAACUAAUGAAGAAAAAAGGAGCAUUGGGACUCUGAAGGAUACUCUUCCUCUCCUCUCUGGAAGCACCUCAUAAUCAGCACCACUCUCUGAGAGAAGGAGUGCGGAGGAGAGGAAGAAGAGUAAAGGACUGAUGAUUCUGCUGCUGCGGUUUCAGAUAAAAAGACUCCUCGUGGGUGGAGUGAAGUUUUGGAGCUCCAACAGUUUUGAUGGGAGCCCGGGCCAACGCCGUCUAACGAUGAUAACAAUUUCAAAUAAAUAACGACACCCUGAGUUAGUACUACUGAAGCUCUUUGUUAAAUGACCAGUGUUUUUGAUUUAAUGGAAGAAUUCAUUUGUUUUUUUGGGAGUCCAGUGAGCUUUUUUGUUUGUUUUUACUUUUCCCACGUGACUGAAAGAAAGGAGCGGUUUGAGCUAUCUUGACAGAAAGCACUGACUCUGAGUCCGGAGGGGUUAAAGGAUGGAAACUGGAAAAGAAAAAAAAGAAAAUGUUUGUUUAAAAAAACAAAAAAGAGGAGGAGAGAAACUUUUUGUGUGCUCGCUUGUAAAUAAGCUCUCUGUGUCCUAUAGCACUUUCCCCUCACCUGAAACCUCACCUCCUCCUCACCCCUUUUACCCAGGGAGCAACUUGCUACUUAUGCAUCCAAGACGCCAUGUUGACCGCCAGGAAAUACCUCAGAUCAGACCUGCCAAUUUCUGUUCCACACACACACACACACACACACACACACACACACACACACACACACACACACACACACACACACACACACACACACACACACACACACACACACACACACACACACACACACACACACACACACACACACAGGAAGCCAGUUUACUUCUUCUCUACCACCUGAUGUCUUCAAGGUUUAUAUAUCAUGGGUGGGAGAAUCAAACUUUAUUGCGCAAAAAGACCUGUAAUGUGGAAACGAUGAAGCAUUUCAAAGAACUGAUGAUUGAACACUGACAUCUUAGAACUUUUUUCUCUCAUCUGUGCGGGUUUACUUCGUGUGCUGCUGUAUAUAAUCAGUUCAUCUUGAAUACUUGAGAGAAAUCAGAUGGGAGAGGAGUGUGACUCUCUCCUUUAAUGGGAGGGAGAGGAGGGUGUGUGGAAGGGAGGGGUUAAAUAUUGAUCACUGGUGGCCAAUUUUACCUCCCGCUUCUACUUUUUACAAAUGUAGACGUAACGCCAACGAAACCAAGGCAUCGUUCUGUUUACCUCCCCUCCCUCUCUUCUUCUUCUCUCAUUGGACCUACUUUUCUUCAUGGACCUAAACGUCCCCCUCUUCCUCCGCCCUGGUUUGGUCCAGGUUUAAGAGGAAGAGGAGGAGUCUUACUGUGUUUGUCUGUUAAACUCUGAGAUGGCCAUUAUUGUUGUUGUUGUUAUUAUUAUGAUUAUAAUGAUGAACUCUCAUGUUGUUGCUGCUAUACAAAAGCCGGACCUUCUGCCAUAGACCUGAAACCUCAACAAAGCCGGGCGUUAGCUAGCCGCAGUGCCCGUGAAAACCUGACCGACCGACCGACCAACCAACGAAGCAAAAACAGCAGGACUCAUUGAAAACACUCCUGCCUUCAUCCCCCCCCCCCCCCCCCCCCCCCCCCCCCCCCCCCCCCCCCCCCCCCCCCCGCCCCCGCCCCCGCCCCCGCCCCCGCCCGUCUCUGACAGGUUGGUUGGUUUCUUUGUUUUUUUGUUUGCUUCAUAGGGCUUGAUUCAUGUUGUGUUGUGUGACUUUCUAACUGUGAAUUCCUUCAACCUUUUAUUUUGUAUUGCCGUAUUUCAUCCUCUGGAGGGAUGUAUUAGUGGAGUCUUGCACCUUCACUGUGGUACUCCACAUCAGGCCAACAAGUACACACUUAAACCUCUCAAGGAAGCAAAACAGUCCACUUUCUAAUCCUGAUUAACUGUUUUUUUGUUUUUUUACGAUGGGACAUUUUGUUGGUUAAUUUAAUCCAGAAAGAAAGAAAAAAAUACCACUGAAUCACCACAGAUACAUAAAAAUCAAGUAAAUCCUGUUAAAAGAAUAGUUAUGUAUUUAAUAGUGAGAUGACAGAUUGAUUUUGAGACAGCAGCCAGUUAGUUUAGCAUAAAGACUGAAAACUACGGGAAACUACGCUCUGUACAAAGCUUUGAAAAUGAUCCUACAGUACCGCACCUGGCUGAAAAAGAUGUUACAUCUUAUCAAACAAAACACAUGUAUUGACUUUCUUUUUAAAGAUUAAACAAGUGGGAUAUACCAUUCUAAUUAAUAUGCUUUUAAGGUGCCGGUUAGCAGAUUUUGUUAUAACUGUUCCCUUGUUUUAUAGUCUCUGUGCUAAUCUAGCUGGCUCCAGUUUCGUAUUUAGCUGUGACGUUGGAAAUAAGCUACUUUACUUUUUUCAACCACCACUUAGUUUAGUCUCUUGGUAAAAAGAAACCACAUUAACUUCUGGUUUAUCAAUUAACUCCUGAAGUAUCAGAGGUUUGCAUUUGAACAAAAGCGUGACUUAAAUCCUCCGAGCCAUCGUCUGUGUGCUGUGCUUGUCCUGUGGUUUCUACUCAGCUCUACUGUCAUGUCACCGUGAUUUGCUCCCUUUUUUGCACACUGAGCGAAGCAGCAGUCAUCUGUGAUUUGAAGGGGUGGGGGGGUCCUCUCUGUGUGUACCCCCCCCCUCCCUGAUUUGCACUGCUGAAGUCAGACAAGAGCCGUGAAAGAGGAGCGGUGUGUUUUUUUUUGCAAUGCAGUUGAUAAUCAUAGCAUUCACUGGUGUUAGAUUGUGUUUCAUGUCGGGCUGCAGAGCGGAGGACAUGUUGGAGCGUGUCUCUCAGGAGGUGUGAUCUCAUAUCUGAACAAACCUCCAUCCAAACUUUCACUGAUCUACAUUUGAUGUCCAAACCAACACAUCAACUCCAGAUCAGUUCAAAAUGUUGAAAAUGUAAGUUAUUUAAUUUAUGGCUGAUUAGAUAUAGAAUUGUAAAAGUUAUUUUGUUUGUCUGUUCAAAAGUGUACUGAUCAUCGAAUGACACGAGAGAAAUAUGCAAAAUUAUAACGACCCAGACAACCUUUAAAAAUGCUCUUAAAGGUGAGUCACUACAGUACAUUUAGGUCAUCCCUGAAAAAAUAUGAUUUGAAUUAGAGGAAAUCCCACAAUGUAACAUGUUGUGAGACCCACUGAGGUACAAUCAAAUGUUCCUCUAAUUUCUCCCUAACUUAGCAUCCAAUCAAUUAAAGUGUUUUUUAAGAAAUGGAGGAAAUCAGCAAACAUACAUUCUCAAAUAUUAGAUCAAAAAGAAAGGAGCACAGCCACAGUUGGAGUAAAUGAUUCAGUACAACGUAACCUCCCCAGUCUUUAAGAUUGAAUUAUCCUCAGGCUGUAUUUCUUAAACUGCAGCUUGAAAACUAAAAUUAAAUGUUUUUGUCUUUCUUUUUGUACUAAUGAGGUAAGGAGGACGAAAGUGUUAUUAUUUUAGUCUCCCUGUAAAGAGGCUCUUAUUGCAGUUAACCCCGCUGUUUCUCUCCUCAGCUAAACAGCUUCUUUAACAUUUCCAAGAAUAACUACUUUAGCACACACGACUGGAGCCCUGAGAUCGCCCGAAAGGAAUCAAAACAAAGUGCCCGAGUUGAAGUAUUUGAAGUGAUAAUCAAGUAGUCGGUCAGAAGGUCACGUUGGGGACUUUUAUCUCACCGGUUCCUAAGUGUCAACCUUAGUGUUUUCUACUGUACGUGUUUCUGAGCCCAGGUCAGUUUACUUAUACGUCAGAAAGUUGCAGAACCGCACCACAAAAAAAACUGUACAAAAAAAGAAAAAUAGGCAAAUGACAAUCUUUAGAAAGGUGUAAUUUGCUGUUUGAUUUGCGACGGCCUGUUGUUGUGUUUCAGCCGUAAUCAGAGCGUCCGUUCUCCUCCUAACGGCCAACACAUCUUCAUUUUGCAUUAUGAUUAUCAAUGUUCCUUUCAAUAUUAUUAUUUAUAUAGAUAUAUUUUGUAGUGCAAGUGAAGUGGUCAUUUUUGAGAAGAUAUUUUGUACAAUACUUCAACAGCUUCACUCCGUUUGCCUAUACUGCACAUUCCAACAUGGAUGUCAACAACGCGGGGCCUGACCGGCAUCACAAACAUGUAUCUGCUCGUUCAGCUAUCAAGCGUUAUUCUACCACCAAAAUCAAACAUCUCUAUGAAGGAUAUAAGAAUUCAAGCUGCAUGUUGACCUUUACCGUUCAAUAACUGCUCUCCUCAGUGGGUGUGAUGUCUCUCAAAGGUUUACACAGAGACGUGACUCUAGGAUCACGAUCCAGCAUUGAUCCACGGUAAAAAGGAUGAAAUAUGUUGAGGCCAGAGGAAGAGCUCUGGGAAAAGGUCACAGCGACUUCCUGACCUUGCGGAGGAACAGUAUUAAUGUCAUAAAUUAUCGCUAAUUUAAAGGUCCAAGUUACAGUGAUGUAUAGCUCCUGUAAACACAUGCAGCUUUGACUGUGGAGGUUAGUCAGCUUUCAAAAACACUCCUAAAUAUGGGCUUGCUUUUCAAGUGAAGAACCUGUAAAUUAAUGAUUUUUUACACAGAAUUACCUCCACUUAGACGUUUCUUGUGUUGCACAUGUUAUGGCUUCCUACGAAGAAACAAAGUUUAAACAUAUUUUAACCAAUUCAAGCAUAAAAACUGUUUGUUAAAAGAGAAAAUCUCAAAACACUGUGAGCUUCGUCGUAACUUUCCCCUUGUUCUUUUUAGUUUUUACCACAUAUUUAUUUAUUUAACAUUUUUAUAUUUCAUUUGAUUUGUUAACAAUUGUUCCACCCUACACAAUGUGCUUCUUUGCAUUCCUUUAAUUUUUAUAGAAGAAAUCCACUUCAUUUGACUUUUUGUUUUAUUUAUUUACAUAUAAAUAUACGAUGUGUUUAGUGUGAAAACAUCAGAAUUAGACCUUGAAAAAAACAAGUAUAAUUUGUUUUUAUUUGUCCAAUAACCUUAAUUUAACCUCAUUUAAGGGAUGAAUACGCUUCUUUGAUUCUUUGCCGUGAUUGGAUGAGAAAAUCGAUACCACUCUCAAUAUUGACCUAUUCAUAUAACUCUCUGCAAGAAAGCAAAAAGCCUAUUAACUACCAUGUGCUUUGUGGUAGCUGCAGACAGACCUCUUUGUGCAGUUAUUGAACCCAUUCAGGAGAAUCAGAAACUGCUUCAGGGACUUUAUUAAAAAUGAAAACCUGAAACCACCAGAUGAUCUGUGAUGCCGGUCAGCUCCCAAACUUCUUGCGCCAGUCUGGUCAGAUGUAAAACACACAUACAAAAAACUCAAAGGAGAAAAAGUAAUGGGCCUUUUUUAUUUUUCUAUCAGGGCAGGGUGUACAGCUACUGUCUGAAUCAAACAAUGGCUUUCUGAGCCGUUUGUCUUGCUGUUUUGUUUGUUCCUUUUCGGUGGUGCUUGAGAUUAUUUUAUUUUAUAAUUGUUAGCGACUUGAUUCUGUUCUCUUUCUGUCUUCACCUGACUUUGUACCGGACUCUUGAUUGUCUUGAUUUCCUGCGUCGGGACUGUAUACCUACAGUAAUACCAAUGUAAAACCUGUAUUCCCCUCCUGAUUUGACUCAGUGGAAGUGUGAUGUUUACAUGUACAGAUUUUUGCGAUUCUUUCUGGUUUUUUUUUUUUUUUUGUUUCCUCAUCUCUCUCUCUCUCUCUGUCUCUCUCUCUCUCCACCCUCAUCCCUGUUUUCAGUUAAUCUGACUACACACUGAAAGGAAAUGGGACUGCGUUAAAACACAAGUAUCACCAUUUCACACAUAAGCCUAUCGCAUGCGGGGACACGUUGACAUUUUUCAUUUCAGUCAGAGCACUUUUCUUCACCAGACUCUUGUUUUUUUUAAGCAUCCUUUUAGAAAUGCCUUGUUAGCGUUCAGUUAGCAUUUGUGCUAAAGGUGCCCCUAUGUUUCAUUGAGGAAUGCUAACAGCUAGUCUGUGCUUGAUUAAUUGUUGUGUUUUGGUGAAGAAACGUGGGGCGCAUCUGAAAUUGAAAGCGUGAUGUUCCCGUACAAAACCGAUUGUUUGGGAGGGAGGGGAGUCGAGCUGUGUUUGUUGGCUCAGAGGGGGCUGACCUUUGACCUCUCGGCUAACUCCACAGCACACAAAAUCACAGCGGGGCCACCAUGACCUCGGCUGGUGUGACCACGAUCGGGUGGAGAUGAUUCCUCAGUGAAUGAUAAGCCAUUACAGACCCUGUGUGUCGGGUCUCUUAGUCUAUUAGUAUAUUUAGCAAAACUUUAAACUGCAGAAGACAAAACUCAACCUCAGGAAGAAAAAAAAGGACAUCACUUUUGUAAAAACAAGUCUAUCUGGAAGCCCAUUUCCCUUUCUCUUUGAUACCAUAUAAAUUAUAUCAAAAUUCUUUUUAUAUUUAUUGUGUUUAUUAUCAUAUAUAACAGUGGACAUCUUUUUUCCAGUACCUGUGGCUGAAUAUUUUGAUUCUUUAGAAAAGUGUUGAUAAUAUAUGUGAAGCAACUUAAAUGAUCGAGGAAAAAGAAAUGAAAUCUACGGUUAUUUUUUUCUGUUUGUUGAAGCGGUACGGGCGCGAGCCCAACAACGAGAACAUAUCACUCUGGUCCAUGACAAAGAAACCAAUGAUUGAAAAACGGAGCUUUCUUUUGUGUGAUGUCUCUGCUAAGGCUACAAUGUUUCUGGAUUUUGAAAAAAUUGUGACCAUUUAGUUUUGUUUUUUUGUUUUCUCCCGAGCUGUACGUCACAAAGCUAAAUAUACUAAUAAAACGGUGUGCUAUGAAACA